AUGGCAUUUGUCGCAACGUUGAUUUCUUCCUUCACUCCUCUCUUUCUCAUAUUCUCUCCUCUUACAUCGUACACUGAUCAGAUUCUUUCCAUCCACCGAAAUCGCACGUCUACUGGUUUCUCUCUCGACAUCCCUUUGAUCAUGCUUACAGCAUCGAUCUUGAAGAUCUUCUAUUGGCCUGGCGCCCGUUAUGACCUUGCUCUUCUCAUACAAGCUGUAAUCAUGGUGGCUGUACAAGUGGUACUGCUGAAAGUUGCGCUGGACAAUAGGCCUCCAUGGCGGGGAGAGGGACCUUUCAAGACUAUGGAGCCGGGCAGACCAUGGGGUUUUUGGAGAUGGAGGGCGCAGCGACCGUACUGGGAAUACCUUCUCGGCUUGACCCUCUCUUUGCUCGUCAUGCAUGCCUUCGUUCGGCCUAUCGCUGCCUCUGUCUACACUAACAUCAUCGGCUACGUUGGGCUUGCAAUCGAAGCGGUGCUUCCGCUUCCACAAAUUUUCUCCAAUCAACGCGCUCACUCCUGUAAAGGAUUCCGGUUGUCGGUAUUGGUGAAUUGGCUCUUAGGAGAUGCAAUGAAGAUGGGGUUCUUCUUCAUGUCGGAACCUGGGAAGGUGCCAUGGGCGUUCAAGCUGUGCGGUAUUUUUCAAGCCUGCUGUGAUGUAGGAUUGGGUGCCCAAUACUGGGUUUAUGGAGACGGGCAAGAGGACAUGUCUCGAAAAAGUGGAUUAGAGAAAGAUGGGAGGUUGACUUGA